AUGAUCGAAGAACCACCGUUGUUUCCUUCCCUGGAGAACGAGACUACGACAUUGGUUCAAUAUUACUUCCGUGAUACAUGUGCAACGUGGUCAUCUUUUGACUCGGAGAAGAACCCGUUCAGAACUUCCAUCGAGGGCAUAUGGCAAAAGUCCCCUCUCAUUUACUACGCCAUUCAGAGAAUGCAGCUCAUGCAAGCUACGGCAUUUAGCAUGCGAGAGAAAGCGCACGUUGCCGUACUUCAGCAGCUGCAAAAUGCCUCAGACACGCACUCGACCAGCGACGACCAACUCCUUCUCGCGACGUUACUUCUAGGCGUGUCUGCCUGUUGGCAUGACAGUAGUGACCUAGGUUUACCUUACCUGCGAAUUGCCAGAUCACUUGUUCGUGCAAGAGUGAUGCGUCAAAGCUCAAGUCACUACCGUCCACUGAAUCGCAAUUUCAGGUUCUUUUUUGAGGCCUUAGUGUACUGGGAGAUGGUCGUGGCGUUUGUUUCUUGUGAAAGCUUCAGACAUAUUCUGGCUUGGACGUCGGACUUCUUUCCUUGGACUGGGCCCGUAACUGCCACCGUGAUCCCACAUCCGUGGACGGGAAUUGCCCCUCGAGUUAUGUUACUAUUCGCUGAGGUCGGCCAUCUAGUGCAGAACUACGCGACGACGGAUAGACGGGCGAGAGAGGAUCUGAACCUGGAAGACCUUUUGUGGGCUUCUAUCCCCACUGAGGAUCAAAUUGCAGAGGUAUAUGAUAAUUUAACCAGCAAAAGUGACUUCGUGGUUUUUGCCGAGGCCACUCGAUGCGCAGCACUACUGCAGGUGUAUCGGUGUUUCCCGGACGUUCUUCGACGGAGACUGGGUGCAGGCACCCUCAACCUUGAAUCUUAUCUCGGCAUUAUCGAACUCAACGUCGGCAGCAACAUGAUCGAUUCAUGGCUCGUUGGUCUGGCGAUGCAUGUCUUGAAUCUUCUUGCCUCCAUUCCCGCUUACUCUGGCGUUCGUUGUGUCCAGCUACUUCCGCUUGCUACGGCGGCUUUUGAAUUGCGCAUUGAUCCCGGGGCUUCCUAUAGCGAUGUGGAAAUAGCCAGGUUUCGUGACUUUGUGAUUGGGAGGUUACACCUGCUGGGCGCUAGAUUGCCGUUGAAGCCUAUUUCACACACUAUGCAAGUUCUACAAGAGGUAUGGCGAAGGAAUGAUCGAGGCGACGACGUUUUUUGGCUCAAUGUCAUGAUGGAAAAGAACUGGAAGACCUUUGUGGGUUGA